GGCUGUGUGGCCCAGUUUUGUUGUGCUGCCACUUUUGGGACAGCUGAGUACUUCUUGCUGGCUGUGAUGGCCUAUGAUCGCUAUGUGACCAUCUGUAGCCCCUUACUCUAUUCUACCAGGGUCUACACUCCAUUAUUCAUCACAUCCUAUCUGGGUGGUUGUGUAAAUUCUUGGAUCUCUACUGGUUGCUUAUUGAAUCUGUCCUUAUGUGGAUCCAAUGAGAUCAAUCACUUUUUCUGUGAUUAUUCACCACUUCUGAAACUUUCCAACUACCAAGAUGAUCUUGCUGAAGUUCUCCCUGCUGCCUCUGCUGGGUCAGUACUUACAAUCACAGUGUUAAUCAUCCUAAUCUCUUAUGUAUACAUCCUCUUCUCUCUCCUGAAGGUAAGGUCCACUGAGGGGAGAUCUAAAGCUCUUUCAACUUGCACCUCCCACCUCACGGCAGUCAUUCUGUUCUAUGGAACCAGUACAUUCAUUGAUGUGAUGCCUAAAUCUAGCUACUCAACAGAUGACAACAAAUUCAUGUCUGUUUUCUAUACUGUAAUGAUCCCUAUGUUGAACCCCCUGAUCUACAGUCUAAGGAACAAUGAAGUGAAAGGGGCCCUGAAGAAACUGAUGAGUAGGAAGUAUCUUUUUUCAUGA